GUCUAGGGCCGCAAACGCCGCCGGAGUAUCGCCGCGCCUUACACCAUACGGGUGGCGCAGUGGUCCAAACACAACUAAGGGAGGAAGAAGCCAGCCAAGGAAGGAAGGAAAGGAAGGACCGGAAGUGGUUCGCGCGCCUGCGCGUAGGAGGCGGGGGGGGGCAGCUUGCGGCUGCCUGUGCUAGGGAGUUAAAAAACAACAACCACAAACCGGCUCGCCGCUGUGAGGGGAAAAAGCGCCGGGUGCCUGCGGCGGCGGAGCCUUCUCCUCCUCCUCCUCCCCGCUUCGGCCAUGAGCGUCGCAGCGCUGGUUUCUCCCGCGCUGCCGCCGCCGGGGCCUCCGCCCCCCGCCGCUGCCGCCGCCGCCUCCGCUGCGCUGCCCGCCGGCACGGGCCCCGCCGCCGCCGCUGCCGCCGCCGCCGCUGAGAGCUUCGAGGAGGAGGAGGAGCUGGACAGCCCCGCCGACGAAGAGGAUGGAGAGCGCAGCGGCCGCGCGCGGGAUUCCGACGAAGAUACAGAAGAUGCAAGUGAAACUGAUCUGGCAAAGCACGAUGAGGAGGAUUAUGUAGAGAUGAAGGAACAGAUGUAUCAGGAUAAAUUGGCAUCUCUUAAGAGGCAGCUACAGCAACUGCAAGAAGGUACUUUACAAGAAUAUCAGAAAAGGAUGAAAAAGCUGGAUCAGCAAUACAAGGAAAGGAUACGCAAUGCGGAGCUUUUUCUCCAGCUGGAAACAGAGCAGGUAGAAAGGAACUACAUAAAGGAGAAGAAAGCGGCUGUGAAGGAGUUUGAAGAUAAAAAGAUUGAGCUGAAGGAAAACUUAAUUGCGGAAUUAGAAGAGAAGAAGAAGAUGAUAGAGAGUGAAAAGCUAACUAUGGAGCUAACAGGAGAUUCCAUGGAAGUGAAGCCCAUCAUGACAAGAAAACUGAGGCGGCGGCCCAACGACCCUGUUCCAAUCCCUGACAAAAGGCGGAAGCCAGCCCCCGCUCAGCUCAAUUACUUAUUAACAGAGGAACAGAUAAUGGAGGAUCUGAGGACGCUCAAUAAGCUUAAAUCACCUAAAAGACCAGCAUCUCCUUCAUCACCAGAACACCUGCCAGCGACACCUGCCGAAUCUCCAGUGCAGCGAUUUGAGGCAAGGAUAGAGGAUGGCAAACUUUACUACGAUAAAAGAUGGUAUCACAAGAGCCAGGCUAUUUAUCUGGAAUCGAAAGAGAACACCAAGAUCAGCUGUGUGAUCAGCUCCGUGGGAGCCAAUGAGAUCUGGGUGAGGAAAACCAGCGACAGCACAAAAAUGAGGAUCUACCUUGGCCAGCUCCAGCGAGGGGCAUUUGUCAUCCGCCGGCGGUCAGCCGCAUGACUGCCUUGCAGGGGCGGCUCUGUGCCGUGUUGAAAGACAAUCAGCUCUUACAGAGACUUGUGGUCACUCUUCCUGGGUCUUAUUGGCAGAAGACUUUUGUCCCCCCCCCCCUUGCCCCCUUGGAAGCCGGCUGUUUCACUGCCCAUGUUGUUCCACUGUCUGUGUCUCUCUCUCUUGUGAGCCCAUCUGAUGCCCCGUAGCCCACCCUGAGGCUUCGGUUUAGCUUUCUUGUUUCCAAAGGCUACUUAAAGAAGAAUGUAUGCCUGUG